GAAGGUCAGACGCGUGCUUUUGAACGGAGGAGCUGCUAUGAAAGCUAAGGGAGAAAUGUGUGAUAGUAAAUAGAGACAUAGCGACUUUAUACAGCUAGCCAGGGCAUUAUAAACAGGACCCGAUGCUAGUACGAAAACAACCAAUCGUAUAGAAAUGCUGCAUCUAAUUUACUAAUGAAUUGCAGUCAGAAAGAGGUGGCCUAGGCUGUCGGCUCUCCACUCAGCUAGCUUUUCCUGUCAACAUCACAUCUUCACCUCCUGCCACUAUGUUCAGGAGCCUUGUUAGACUUCAGAGUCAGUUUGGCAAUGCCCUCUUUCUCAGUAAAGUUUGUCCAAGAAGUCAACAGUCCCGGUUUGCGUUGAAAUACUCCACAGCCGCGGCAGAGAGAAAAAGAUUUUAUCAAGAUGUCAGCAUAUCCCAAGGUGAAGGUGGUCUAUAUGAGAUAAACCUCGACAGAAGGAAGUUGAAAACUCCUGGAGGGAAGCUGUUCACAGUGCCAAAUGAAGCCCUGGCCAUCGCCGUGGCAACUGAGUGGGAUGCUCAAAGAGAGACACUCAAGUUCUACACUAUGCACAUGACUACACUUUGCAACACAGCUCUGGACAAUCCCACCGAACGUAACAAGGACCAAAUGAUCAACGCUGCUCUGAAGUUCCUGGAGACUGACACCGUCUGUUACAGAGUAGAUGAACCCCAUGGUUUGGUUGAGCUACAGAAGAAUGAGUGGGACCCUGUGCUGCACUGGAUUGAAAACAGAUACAAUGUCACUAUUGGCUCCUCGUCCAGUAUUUUGGGUCCUGAGAUCCCAGAGGCAACCAGGGACACAUUCCGGCAACACCUGAAUUCUUAUAACUUCUGGUCUCUGACAGGGCUCGAGUAUGUGAUCACCCAGCUGAAGUCUGUUGUGCUGUCGCUGGGGAUGAUUGACAGACAUCUGAGUGUGGAACAGGCUGUGCUGCUCUCCAGACUGGAGGAGGAAUACCAGAUUCGGCGCUGGGGGAACGUGGAGUGGGCCCACGACUACGACAUGUAUGAGCUGAGGGCACGGACAGCAGCUGGAGCUCUUUUUGUUCACCUCUCAUCUGAGAGUUCAACUGUCAAGCGCAAACUUCUGCAGGACUGAGAAGGAUGAACUCGAAUAUAAAACUCUCAGAGAGAACACAAUGAAUCUGCCCUCAGAGAGCCCCCCAAACACCUCUGCUUAUUCACACUUCUACAUCCGCACAGACAAACACAACACAUCCUGUUUGUUCAAUUUAGCAGUGACAGCUGCUCUGUCUGUGAUCUGUUACAGAGUUAUCUCACUCCAGCACUACAUACUGGCUGUCGUUUUUGCAGUGUUUAUAUGUGGCAGCUGCCAAGAGUGGCACCCCUCACAGAGUUUCCAGUCAGUUCUCAGUCAUCCGCGACAUUUCGGAUGCUGGUGACUUGUUUAUUCCACGGCUGCUUUAUCUUUGCGCCACAUUUGAAUACUGGAAGGUGCUCAUGUUAUUCUAACAACAAGCUGUCUAUUAUAACUGUGCUGUGUGUAAUUCAAGGCACACUGCAUGUGAAAAAUAUUCACUUGCAUACUACAUCCAGUUGCUAUAUGAAGUUAUGGUAGUCUUCAUUCAUGUUGUAUGUAUUAUGGGAUUUUCAGUGUGUUAUAAGGUGAGAGAUUAAAUUCUGAUGAUAUAUAAAGCUGAAGAUUUUGUUGCUUUUACCAUUGAAAUGAGUCACAGUAAUUAAACUAAUUAUCUGACUCAUGUUUGUCUAAGUGAAAUGUGGCAGCAGAGUUUAAUGUGAAUUAAAACCCAAACCGGACAAAACAUG